AUGCAAACGGCGAACCUGUACAUUCUGGAGCAACGGUUUGACGCCGCGACGCGAUUAUUGGACGAAGCCGCGAAAAGUUCCGCGGCCAUGUCUCAUAGAAACGUCUACGCGAUGGUCUUGAGACGAAAGGCGACGAUUUCGGUCAGGAGUACUGUAAUUCUCAAACUUCGGACUUUUCUUCAGAUGUCUCAACGGAAUUAUGAAGAAGCUCUAGUGCAACUUUUCGACAUUGAAAUGGAUAUCGAGUCGUUGGGAGGCAUCGUGGAGAGGAUUUUGUUCGCUUUCGCCGUCGGGUGCUGCUUGAGAAGACUUAAAGAAGGUUUGUUUGAGAAAAUAAGGAAGAAAUGCUUUUUUAUAAGUUCCACGAGAAAAAAAGACAACUUUUCAGAAAUUUACGUAAGAAAUUCGGUCAAUAACCCUAUAGGGAUCACUUCAGCCUUUGGAGGUUCAGAGGCUGAACCCGGAACCCCUAAAGGGCCACUUAAUUUUUAUACCUCUAGGAAAAACUUUUUUUUUUACAAACCCCUAUAGGGACUACUCUACAGUUCCUUAGAACGAUGAAAAUAAUUUCCCUAUAGUUCUCACUCAUAAUCCCCUCUAAGGACCACUCAAACUUUGACCCUGUAUAAAGCCCUUUUUUAUUUGGUGAGAGACCCUGUAGGGAUCACUUGAUUUUUUCGCGGCUCGAAGGCCGUAAACCCCUACAAAGGCCGCUUAAUUUUGAACCCUGCAGGAGACACCAUUUUAUCCCCUGUAGAGGCAACUUUUCCCCAAACCCCUUACGGGGCUACUCUGGCGUUCAUUAGGAUGAUUAAAAUAAGUCCAAACUCACAAACCCCUGUAAGGACCACGUAAACUUUGACCCUGUAGAAAGCACUAUUUUAUUCCCUAUAGAAUUUUUUUUUCCGAAACCACUCUAGGGACUACUCUAGCGUUCCUCAGAAUGAUAAAAAUAAGCCCAAACUCAGAAACCCCUAUAGGGACCACCUUAAUAUUUCCCCUCUAAAGAUAGGGUCCGCAAGCCAUUUCUUCAAAACGAUCCAAAAAAUAUGUUUUUUACACUGUUCGAUAGAGGAGACUGUCCAUUUUCAUAAUCCGUUCAGUUUUAGAAAAAAGCUCCACUAAGAAAAAAGUUAUGGCCAAAAAACGAGCGCGCGCGGCGUUCAACUGGAGGCAAAAUCUCACGGUUUACCCGCUGCCGCACGCUUUCUUUUUAAAUGUUUUUGCGCGUUUCUGGACCGUUUUUAAAUCGGUUUUCUGUUCUGAGAGGUUGUCCGAACUGAGCCUCAUGUUUUGGUAUGAAUCUUUUGUACAAUCCUCAUAAGAUUUUUUUGAUAAAAUAUCAAAAAAACUACUUAGAAAAAAAGGUCACAAGGAAUUUUCAGCUUAUUUUUUUCUUUUUUUCUACUCAGAAAAAAAUUAUUAUCAUUUGGUUUGGAAAAAGAAAAAAAUGAAAAAAAUAAUGUUAUUUCGAAAUAAAACAGGAAAAAUGUGCAAUUUGACUCCAAAAAAACGGCUCCUGCAACAUUUAAAAUGGCGCAUCGGUGUGUUUGACGCAAACACUGCUACGGACACUUGCACGAAAUCUUCCGAAAUUUCAAAAAAAAAUUGCCAUUUUUUCGAGGUUUUCAAAGCCGUUAUUUUUUUUCGCGUCGUUUGAUUUUUUUCAUAAUUUUUCCAUUGAUAGAGUUUUGAACGCUUAAUAACAUAAUCAAAAGUAUAGACGCGAUCCUAUUCUCUCAUGCGACAACGAGGCAGGCGAAAAAUGGAGGUUUUGGUAAAACUCAAAUAUAAUUUGAUUCGCUGUCCCAAUAAUUAUUUUCAUUCUGAAUUUUUAUUUUUGAACACAUUGUGAGUUUUUAAAUCAAAUAAAAAAAGUAUACCAUGUCGCUGAAACUUUUUUUCGCAUUUCAGCUUCAAAGUUUGGUGUCACUUUACAAGCUUCGAUUUUUUUUUUCGCGUCGUUAGAUUUUUUUAAAUUUUUUUACUCAAAAAAUAAAGAAAGUGUUAAUGUAUAACAUACUCAAAAUUCGGAAGCGUUCCUCAAUUGGUUUUCAGAAACGCGACGAUUUUGUGAAACUUGUCAGUUUUUUUCGUGUUAAAUCUUACUUUUUUUCGCUUAUUUUUUUGAAAAAAAUACAUAGUUUAAAAAAAUUUUUUUCAGUCUUGUAGAGCGUUGUCGAUUACAUAGAUUAACAGAAACAGUUCAUUUUUAAAGUGGGACUUUAGCUAGUAUAAACGCCUCAAAACCGUUUUUGCAACAAAAAAAUCGUCAUUUUGGUGGCGUGAAGGGGCGGGGCUUUGCGCCCCCUAUCUAAAGAAAAGUAUUUUAUCCCCUAUGUGGGGCAAUUUUUCCCAAAACCCCUUUAGGGGCUACUCUGGCGUUCAUUAGAAUGGUACAAAUAAUUUCCCUAAAGUUCAAAUUUAGAAAGUCCUGUAGAGAAAAGCUAAAUUUUGACCCUAUAGAAGCUUUUUUCCCGAAAUCACUCUAGGAACUACUCAGCUGCUCCUUAGAAAGAUGAAAAUAAUUUCCCUCUAGUUCUAACUCAAAAAUCAUUUUUCCAGACCCUCUCUAUUACUUUUCAAUCGUCCGAAGAUUAUCCAUAAAGUGCGGCUGGAAAGCCAUGGAAAAACUAGCGCUGGCCGAGUGCGGCGGCUAUUUUUCGGACGUUAGUUGCGCCCUAUUGAGAAAAUACUAAAAUCAGAACUUAUAGGUCAAUGAUCUCGAGAAAAGGUCGGCGGUUGGUGAAGCCUUCUGUCAAUUGGACGAUUUGUAUCCGGGAAAACUCGAAUGGGUCGUUAUCUGA